ACUCGUAUUAAUAGCAUUGCGCACUUCAGAGCUCAGAUCUGGAAUUGGAUCUGGUUGAAAAUAAAUGAAGUUCUUCUGAAUUCCAUGUUUACAUAAUCUAUGUGCGUGACUCUAUUCAUUGCUUAGCACUUACUACUUUCUCUGAUUCAAAUAGGGAACUUAAACCCUAAAAAUAAUAUCUUGCUGUUUCAGGCACAGUAGAGAAAGAUGGCUAGUGAGAGGUUUUGGAAGAAUGAAGAAGACAAGGCUAUGUUAGAAUCUGUAUUGGGUGCUGAAGCUGUUGCCUUUUUUAACUCAGCUGUUUCCAAACAUGUUUUUUCCGAUGUUAUUGUUCCGCCUAGUCUUGAUUUAGGUAUCCACAAAAGGUUGUGUCACAUUGUUAAGGGUUCCAAGUGGAACUACUCGAUUUUGUGGCAGGUUGCCGGUUUGAAAUCCGGUGGUUAUGUGUUGAAAUACGGUGAGGGACACUGUCAGGAUCCUAAAGGGGGUCCCAGGAGUGAGCAGGAAAGGGAGAGAGAUGAUGUGAGGAGGAAGGUGUUGGGGAAGAUUCAUGCUUGCUGGGGUGGAUCUAGUUCUAUUGAGAAUGUUUAUAAGAAGUUGGAAAGCGUCUCGGAUUUGUAUAUGCUUUACUUGACCUCUGUUUACUAUGUGUUUGGUUUUAAUUCUCAGUAUGGUCCUGGCAGUUCUUUUAAGUGUGCGAAACCGAAUUGGUCUUCUGAUGCUGGUAGUUGUUUAAAUCAGUAUGAAUCGAGGUCUUUUCUGGCUAAAUCGGCUGGUUUUCAAACUGUUGUUUUUAUACCUCUCAAGGCUGGAGUUAUCGAGCUUGGUUCAAUGGAGAUGGUGCCUGAAGAUAUGGGUUUUUUGGAUAUGGUCAGGACAACAUUUGGAGAAUCUACUUCUGGACAGGCUAAGGCAGCACCGAAGAUUUUUGGGCACGAGUUAAGUCUAGGGGAUACAAAAUCUCAGUCCAUAACUAUUAGCUUCUCCCCUAAGGUGGAAGAUGAUUCUGGUUUCACUUCUGACUCUUAUGAAGUACAAGCACUUGGGGCCAAUCAUGCUUAUGGUAAUUCUUCUAAUGUGGGUGUAGGAGAUAGUAAUGAUGCAAAAAUGUUCCCUCAGUUAACUCAAAUGGCUCCUGGGAAUUUUACUUCUCAAGCAAGAGUUUCUUCUUCUAUUGAUUUGGGUAAUGAAGACUCAUCCUCGCCUCUCGGAGAUGAGCGGAAGCCUAGGAAAAGAGGGAGAAAGCCUGCCAAUGGACGAGAGGAACCGCUGAAUCAUGUUGAAGCGGAGAGGCAAAGACGGGAGAAACUUAACCAGAGAUUUUAUGCCUUAAGAGCUGUUGUUCCUAACAUUUCUAAAAUGGACAAAGCUUCUCUACUUGGUGAUGCUAUUACUCAUAUCACUGAUCUCCAGAAGAAGAUCAAGCUGUUGGAAACUGAAAAAAACAUGGUUAAUAAUAAGAGCCAGCAGUUGUCAUUGCAAGAUAUCGAUUUUCAGGCUAGACAGGAUGACGCGGUUGUGCGAGUUAGCUGCCCUUUGGAUAUUCACCCGGUUUCUGGAAUAGUUAAAGUGUUCAGAGAGCAUCAAAUUGCAGCUCAAGAGGCGAAUGUUUCAACUGCACAGGAUAAGAUAAUUCACACAUUCUCUAUCAGAACUCAAGGAGGGGAAGCAGCUGCUGUACAGUUGAAAGAAAAGCUCGAAGCAUCUUUAGCGAAAAAUUAAUGGUGAAAGUAUAGGUAUUAUUUAGUGUAUAUCUCAAUGCAAACUAUGUAUGUAUGUAUGGUUGUUUUGUUAUGCUAGUUGACAUUACAUGCCAGUGUUUCUACUUUCUAGGAAACUUUUGGUUUAUUAUAAUCCAAAUCGUAAGAUAUGGAGCUAGAAAUAUUUUUGAACUUCUCAAAAUGAUUAAUCUGUCUUUGAUUAUCUCUGAAAAAAAAAGUAUGAUGCAUGAUUUGAACUUGAAUUAAAUACAAAAUAUACUGUGAACUUGUGAAGGUUUCGCGAUAAGCAUGUUCUCGUUCCUUGAUGGUCAUGGCAUUGCUGGGUUUCCCCCCAUCAGGGAAUUCAACUGUACUAGAUUGGAAUGCUUUCACCAUCAUAAAAGGAUAUGGGCCUCUGUGUCUAGCUCCAUGCCAGAGAAGAGAAACUGUGUUUCUAGCUGCAGUUGUUACUUUUUGUAGAUAAAUGAUUUUAUUCUUUACUU